AUGAAAUUUUUUUUAAAUUUUGGAGAGCCAGUUUUGGUAAAAGUAUACUAUCCAACAUCGGAUUCCAAUUUAGCCCGUUUAAAACUUGAUGAUUAUUUAUCAACGGUUCGUAAGGAAUUGGUCAUUAAUGACAAAUUGUCAUUUUCUCCGAAUAUUCAUGAAAUGUUCAAAGUAUCAAAAUCGGACGAGGGAAAAUUUCGCUUAAAAGAAAUUAUAGUUCAAAAUUGUAAAGAAUAUAAUUUAUAUUUAACUCAUUCAAAGUUGUGGGAACAUUUGAAUGAAAAGCACAAAUUAAAUUAUGGCCGUACCAUAACUAGUGACGGUAUUAAGACCAAAGGUAAUAAAUUAUUUAAUAUGAAAGGUGGAGAUUUACGCAAACUUGGUGCUAAUGAAGUUUCAGAUAAAGAGGAAUUCAAUUCAAUCGAAACUGAAGAUUUGUUGACGAAACCUUUAUUCCUUAAUAUUAAUAAUAAAUUGCAAAGUUUUGUAAAUUUGGGAUUAUCGGCUGGAAUAGUGAAAAGUACCAAAUCAAAAUUGGAAACAAAUUCAACUUAUCAUUAUAGAAAUUACGGCAAAUUCUCACUGAAUAUUAACGUUAGGGAUCAUUUGAUAUUAACUGAAGAAUUUCUUGAGAGAAUAAAUGAGGCCAUAAAAUCAAAAAAGCCGGAAUACUUUAUUCGAAUUGUUGAGGAUUAUGGUCAAUUCAUACCAACCGAAGUGAUUUUGGGUGGUAGAAUUUAUCUUAAUGAUUCCAGUAGAUCAACCGAAGAUUCAAUAGGAAAAGAAAAUGAUGUUGCUAUUAAUUUAAGUGUUCCAAAUAGUGUCGAUGUUGGAAUAUCAAGUAGCACCAAUCAUAUAAUAAAUAAUUUAAAGGAUUUUAGAUCAAAAUGUUUAAAAUUCAUCGGAGGCAAACUUGAAUGCCUUGAAAAUUUCGAUGAACUAGCUUGGGCUAAGUCUUUAGAUGAUUAUAACAAUUGGGAGUGUAUAGAUUUUCGAAAUCCAAUCAACAUCUUUCAACUUUUAUCUGAUGAAUUACAACGAGAAAUAUUUGUUUUGCUUGGAAAAAAGGUCAUUUAUUCGAAAACGGAAACUUGCAAAUGUACGUUCGAAAGUGGUAUACCGGCAAUCUUUACAUUGUGGGAUGCAAAUAUUUCAAAAACUCUUCAGAAUAAAGAUGCAGAUUGUAACAUUUUUGCAACAGUAAUUAAUGAGGAAAAAACAAAUAAUGAAUUCUUUAAUUGUCAAAUCUUUUGGCCGCAAGAUGAUGAACCAAGACUUAUAAUUCAUUGUAUUCAAAAGAAUUCUAGUAAAUUUUCAGUUAAAUUGAAAAUCAGUUGGAUGGUUGUUGGUUAUGACAUAAAUUUUGAUUCUUUACUUUCAAGCUUUGACGUUCAAUUGAAAGUUCAUAAAAAUGAUUUUAAUUCAACAACUAAUCAACUUAUGAUGAACAAGGUACUACCUAUCAAACGUGUUCCCCCUUGUAUUGGAAUUCCCGUAUUAAAUAGUUAUGAUACUCCUCAAAAUGGUUCACUUGUUAUUGGUCAUUAUUUUUGUAAUGUUAAAGACAGAAAUGUUCUAUUCGCAUUUGCUUAUUGUUUAAAAAACAAAUGUUAUGUCAAUCUACCCAACUUUACUUUUUAUACACUUUUUUCUAAUUCUUAUGAAUCACUUCCUUUGAAAGUUAGAAAACGUGAUUUAUUAUUACAUAGAAACCCAUUUGUCGAUAUUGGAGAACUUACUUCACAAUAUCAAAGUCUUAAAUAUGUUAGUUUGUAUCUAUCAAAAGAUAAUAAUUAUAACCCAAUGUUUUUGAAUCAUAGAUGUAAGCGAAUUGAAUUGGAAUAUGUUAAAUGUAGCUGUAAUAAAACCUGUUCUAUUUGCAAUGAAAAAUCUACAAAAAUAUCAAUAUUUGACAAUACCGAAUGCAUAUUUUUUAAUCCAUAUAUCAGUAAAAACCCACAGUCAAUUACUUUGUAUCAUGAGUGUUUCGAUGAAGAGGCAUUGACUGUUGAUAAAGUUACAAAAACUCAAAGUAAGUAUGGCUCGUUCGAAAUUUUCGAAAAAGUUACCGAAGACCUUGGCAUAACCACAUCAAAAGAAAACUGGGAAUCAUGCGAAAAGGUUGUGGUUGAAAAGGUUUUCGACAAGAAAUCAUCUUGGUCCCCAUCA